GCGUGCGUGACUAGGCUCGGCGCAAGGCUUCGCUGGAGGUCCGGUAGAGACAGGGAAGAGAGAAGAGAGAAGGCUAUGGAGGACGAGGCAGUGGACUGUUUAAUGAGAACGCUUGUCGCGUUUAGGGGACCGGUAGCGUGAGAUCUCCUCUCGCCAUGGCGAGUCCGGGCGCCAGAUCCAUGGCAGGGAGCGGCGCAUUUGAUCAUCGCGGCAAUGCGGUGUGGAUUUGAGGGAUCCGGUGCGGCGGCCAUGGGAAUUUCGCGAAUUGGGGCGCGGGAGGGGCGCGUCGCGGCGGUGGGGGAGGUAUUUCGAGGGAAUGUGGCCGGGUUUGGGAGGAAUCGAUGGCGCGAGGCAGAUGAUUCGGUCUAGCGUUGGUGGGAAAGAGCGUUUUCUUGUAGUUUUUUUUUAUUUUUUUCCACUCUUAGCGAUGUUUGCGAGAGAGAUGGCAAGCUGGUUGUAGCGACGAAGUAGAAAGGGAGAGAGAAUGGGUGGAGGCCAGUCUAAGGAAGAGCAACUCUAUCAAGCGGUCCAGCAUGCAAAUCACACUGCUGUGAAGACUCUCCGGCGAGAUGGAACAUCUUUGGAGUGGACCGAUAAGGAUGGUCGGACGCCUCUCAUCCUGGCUUGCACCAGAAGCGAGCUCUUCGACAUGGUCAUAACUUUGUUGAAUCUGGGUGCCAGCAUCAAAGCUUUCAGACCAGGCUCUCACGGUGGAUUUCCAUUGCAUCAUGCGGCCAAGCGAGGGCUGGACAAAACCGUGAUCUUGCUUUUGUCUCGUGGAGCUGAUCCAUUGGCUGUGAAUGACGAUGGCCAGACACCUCUUGAUAUGGCACGUAGCCGAGGCCAUGUCUCGGUCGUACGAAUCAUUGAGGUGCGUGUAAACAGAGAGCAAAAGAAAAAAGAAGAACAAUGUUUUGGAUGUGAUGUGCUGGUUUCUCAUCUCAAACGUUAUCUCCAGGACAGGAUGUGCCUUUUCAGUGGAGUGUUGAGAGAGAUAUCCGGCCCUGGAUUUCUUGAAGCGUUAGCACCUCAAUGGGUGACCAGAAAAGUAUGGGCUGUUGUGAUGCCGUCAGCGCAAGCUAGAAGGCUUCCGAGAUACGAGCUUGUUAUUUACCAGUCACCAAAGGUGUCGCUACCGAGGAUAAUAAUUGCUUUGUCGAAAGUCCAGAUCGAGGAACCCAACUUCAGCCUUGCGGAUCCCGUGAUGAUUCUUACAGACAGAUCGUCAAAAACGAGGUUCAAGUUUCUGUCAGAAUUUGAAGGCCGCAAACCACAGUUGGAGAAGUUUCACAGGGCCUGUAAAGGCAUACCAUACCAACAGCAGAGUGCUACUUCAAGUCCCCAAGAGUCCGUUUCUCCGACGCGGUCACGGGGUCCGCCAAUUACGAUUGCCGGACCGGCACCACCACGGACGGUCACUGCCCCUCCUCCACAGCAGGUAGUCGUGUGCCCGCCAGUACGCAAGGUAUCCUCUCCACCUCACAGCAAAACAGAGAUCCCAGAAGACGUAGCACUGGCAAUGGCUAUCAACGCCUCGAUACAGUCCGCCAACGCGGAGGGCCUGAUUCUCUCGCCAACAUCAUCCAGCGUCGUCGACGAGUGCUGGCCAUCUUUGAGUAGUCCUCCAAAGGCGGCCAAGCGACGGGGGCCGCUGAGCAGGAACAGAUGGUCACUGGACUCGGACAACAGCAACAGCACCAGCAACAGCUCGUGCUGGGGGUCUCCGGAGGCCGGGCCGAGUCGAGCGACAUCACUUCCGCUCCAGCAAUCGCCAUCGCCACCACCGCCACCUUACGAGCAGCGGACUAGAGUUGAGAGCUUCUGGCAAACGAGGCCCGUGGCGACAAAGCCACCAGUCCGAAACGUUCCAGUGAAAGAUCUCUCGGCUCCAGCAGCACCACCUGGGUGCUCCAACGUCCCCGUGGAGAUCUUCGUGCCCUCCGGUCCACCGCCGCCGCCACCACCUCCAGUUUGCAGUCCUCGCCAACUUACGGCCCAAUCCGAGGCUCGGCAGGGUGCUUCUCCGUCUGGAUUCUCGCUGUUUGGCAUCAAGAAAAAGGCAGUGAAUCCGGAGCAUCAAAAGGUAGUGGCAAGAGCAGGAACAGGAGGAACUGGCGAUGAGAAAGCGAGCGGGCAGUGCGUGGUUUGCUGGGACGCACCCGCGAGAGGCGUGUGCAUCCCUUGCGGCCACCUCGCCGGCUGCAUGAAUUGCUUGAUGGAGAUCAAGGAGAAAACUUGGGGAUGUCCUGUGUGUAGGACUUCCAUCCAACAGGUUGUCAAGGUCUUCACCGUGUAAAGUUAACAAUCAUCUUGUUAGAAUAAAAGACAAUCACAAGGAAA